CUGCCCCCGCCGCCACCUGCACCACGCCCUGGCGUCGGGCUCCCAGGGCCGGCGCCUCUCCCUGUCGCGCCCGCCCGCGCGCCCCGGCACCCGAGCACCCAGCGCGCCCGCAGCGCAGCUCCUGCACCUGCCCCUGGGUCGCGGCCAGGGCGCCUCCCCGCGUCCUCCCGCCUGCCAGGUAGCCGGCCGCCCGCGCUGCUGCACCCCGGAGACUGGCUUCCCGCGCGGGCACAGGCCCUCCGCGUGGCCUCCGGAGCUGCCUAAAGGCUCAGGCACAGCUUCCUCCCCCCAGCAGUCCAUUCUGUGCGCAGGGCCUGAGGAACACCCUGGCCGUCGGAGUUCCUGGAGUGGGAAAGAAGGGACCCCAGGCCCCGGGCUCCCCUCCUCUGAGGUGCAGUUCCUACAGCUUUGUGAAUUCUGAGUUUCGCCCCCUUCCUCGAGUUCUGGAGGCAGUGGUGGUAGCUUGGCACACAGUGGGUCUUUCGCAAUCACAACUAUUCCCAGUGCCAAUUAUGAAGUGCUCGUUAGACACGAGGUCUGUGCCGGGCACUUUAAACUUGUGUUUGUCAAAUCUUCUUGAAUUAUGUUCACGGAUGAACGGAUUCAACUGCAAAUUGGCCUACUGCCCCGCCCCCAGUGGGUUGGAGUGUUUGCUUCCCUCUAUCUUCGCGCUUCAGCCCCCACCCCCACCCAGCCUCCUGGAAUUGUAGGCCACAGCUUAUCCGGACGCCCAUCUGCGCUUUCCUGUGUGGAACUGCCAUGAUUGCUUGCUCAAAGUGACUUGAAGACACUUACUGGACCGUUGGUUCUUAGGACCAGAGAAGGGCAGAGAGAAGCUACAUCCCAUCCAACAGUAUGUAGUGCCUGCUGUGCACAAGGCAGCCAGGAGAUAAAGAUGCUGCCACCCUGGUGUUCCAGAAUCUUCUGACAGUAACGGUUAGGGCUCUAGGCUCUGGUUUAGUCCCUCUGGGCCUCAGUUUCCUCGCCUGUAAAAAUGGGGAUAGUAAUGAAACAAGUAAUGAAACCUCAUAGAGGUGUGAGGAUAAAUGAGUCAAGCGUGAAACACGGUAGGUGUCCAAUAACUCUAGCUAGAAUUAUUUGGGUUGGUGGAGAGACACAAAUACUAAAUUAAUUAUUAACCCUAUUACAGGAAAGUGAAUGCUCAACUAGAAGCACAAGCAAAGAUGCAGUACAUUCUGAGCAGAGGAAGGUCUCUUGGUGUGGAUUUGAGGGCUGUGAGAGAAGGGGGAGAGGCACGCUUUAGGGUCGUAUGGGCUGAGCCCAAAGCUUGAGUAAGGACAGGACUCAGAGCUGGAGGGAGGAUGGGAAAUGGGCCUGGGGUCAGGGAGAGUCAAGGUGAGGAACUGGACAUGUAGCCAGGACAGGCUGUGAUGGUCAUGGGGCCAAGCCGAGAAGUGUGGGUGCUCCCGUGGGGGCAGAGGAGGGGCUCUGGAAGGUUUUUGAGAAGGAAAACCUCAUUUGGGUCCAUCUCACCAGCUGUGGUUGGGGAUACAUUAUCUGUUCUGAGCCUCAGUUCUCUGAUCUGCAAAAUAGAGAUAAGCGAAUCGGCCUCUCCAAAGCAUUGGGCAGAUUACAUGAGACAAUGGAGGCAACACGCUGAGCAAUUUCGUGUGUGUGUAAACUGCCCAGUGGGGAGGUAGCCAACAGUGACUCAUAGCAAGUUUUGUUAAUGUCCAAUACUUUGUUGCCUACAGCAGGGACAAGGGAUUUACCAACUGGAUUGGCUGGAUUUAAGUAUUUUUAAAAAACCCACCCAUUUGAUAUUUGGAAGGUAACAUAAGCCCCAUCCCUAAUUCCCUGCCUGUUGACUUCAGUCUCCCAAGACAGAACUGGAUGUCCCAAUUCCCCCCACCAGUCUUGUAACUCACUGACCAUCUCCUUGGCUGACCAGACUUUUCUUCUUGACUCUAGACCCACCAAAGGCAGGGAGCAUUCCUGCUGAGCUUGUAUUUUCAGCACCCGGUGCAGUAAUGCCUGACUCAUAGGAGGACAUAAGUCAACAUAGAAGAGGAAUACAGGCAGGGAAGGAGUCAGUAGCAUCUGGGGGGAAAUAGGAAGCAAGACAAAAGGGAAAAAAGCUUGGAAUGGAUGCUUGAAAAAGCUUAAAUUAAUUUAAAGGGGGAAAAAGGAAUAGGAGAACAAUGCAAGUGUUAACUGCAGCCAGCUUUUAAGUGGAAUAUAGGUAAGUCGGUUUUUGUGGUUGGAAGGGUCUGAAUGGAUUUGUUGCAGAAACAGAAUCCACUGUAGCUCACUUAAGCAGACAGUGGUUAAUUAUGGGGUACUAAAUGGGCUAAAGAGAGACCAGGCUGAGCUCCCAGGAGUGGCCCCCAGAGCCACACUACAGAACUGGGCUACCUAGGGAACUGCAGCCGCGGCCUCUUUGGCUGCUGUCGUGCAUCACGAUGCUUCUGCUAAUGCAGGGUGUGAAACAAUUGCCACAUACCUGCCUCGGCUCAAUUAACUCAGGCCCGAAGUCAAAUCUCCUGCUGGUGCAUGUAACUGGUGGUACCCCAGUCACAUCUAAAGACCACAGAUGCCAGGGAUUCUGGGAAAUGUAGUGUCUAGCUUUUGUAGCCUCUGCUGUACAGGAAGGCCCACCAGAGGAGCAGGAAUAGAGGCUGAGCGUGUCCACCCACAGGAUCUACUUCAGGGACCCUUAUGUGGUCCAAUCUCCUUAUUUUUGUGGGGAGAAAGGUAAAGCCAGAGAGGUUUUGUUGAGUUCGUCACAGGUACUAGUGGCAAAGCCCAACCCAAGGCUCCUUAUUCUUUAGCGUUGUUGUACUGCAUCGUGGAAGCCACCUUUGACGCCUUAGCCAUUAGCACUGACAGCCUGACAUGAAGGAAUUGAAGCAGUUUCUCACCGUGACAUGAGACAAAACCACAGGGCUCAUCCCUGCCUCUCCCACACGUCAUGCCCAGACCCAUGGGCCUGUCCCGGGGAAGUGCAGGCACACGUUUUGCAGACAACAAGUCCCAUCAGAAUCUCGGUGUGGGCACCUACAAGCCCUGUGGCCACAGGCGGGUUUCAGGUAUUUGAAUCUGUUUCUUCUGGAUGAUUAGGAUAUGUUCCCGUCAGCAUCUCUGCAUUUGGGAAGGUUCUGCAUUCUGCCAUGUAGUGGAGUUGUGAAGCUUAAGGAAGUAGUACAUAGGAGCAGGAGGGGAAUUUUUAUCCUAAAGGAGCUGGGGAAAUACGCUUAGCAUGUUUUGAGCGCUCAGGCAUAAGCACAUGUGUCACUGGAAAUCUCGUCUGCGCGGCCACCGGAAGGUAGCCUGCACUCACGGUAGCCUCCCACAGGAAAUAGGACCAUUAAUUUAAGGAACUUGUCUGGUGGAAGCAUCCACAGAAAAUAAAGGAUUUUUUUUCUUUUUUUCCUUUAGAAGUUGACAGGUAAGUGACCUUAGCCAGCUUUUGAAGUUGGUCAGAGGGCCAGCCCAGGUCCCUAUCUCCCUAGAUGCUCCUGAAGUCUUCAGCAGCUCUGAUACAAUGAUGGGUUUGUUUCUGCUGCACAGGCCUGUUUUUAGAAGAACUAGAGGGGAACUUUGUGUGUUUUUUAAAAUGAAAGCCGAGAUCCUGCAGAAAACAGGACAGCAAAUAAGAAAGCGCCAAGCUUCAGGGUUGGGGAACUGCUAUCUCUCUUCAUCUUUCUUGCCCUGAAUUAAUCUCCAGUUAGUUAAUUAAUCUCCAGACUGAUGUCACCUCCCAUCCUCGUGGUAGCUUCCUCACUUCAGUAAUAAGCCUUUUGGAGAGUUAAUUUUGGAUUAAGGAUGAGACUAUUAAGCUUUUGCUGAGUAUAACAGUGUCUGGAGCGGUAUACUGUAAUUGAACAUUAAUACUUUCCAUAUCAAAACACGAAUAUUGACACCAAAUGGGUAGCUUCCACUUUUGUUGCCAAGGGAGAUAGGAGCGAAUGUUGGUUUUCAGAGCUAUUUGGAUUUCAGAGUCGCAGAUGAAAGACUAGGGGCUAGUGACUCACACUGAAGGUUGGUUCCCUUUUUCUUCCAUCAGUGAGAGAAAAGCUCAAAAGACAAAUGGAGAAACAAUGGGUUUUGACCAAUUACCUUUUAUUUAGGAUCACAGGACUCUGGAGCUUGUCGAACUCUAAGAGUUAGCAUUUACUGCAGCAGCCAGUCUUUUUGUUUUUUCUUUUUUGGCUGUACCUCACGGCUUGCAAGAAUCUUAGUUCCCUGACCAGGGAUCGGACCCAUGCCCCCUGCAGUGGCAGCGCGGAGUCCUAACCACUGGACUGCCAGGGAAGUCCCUAGCACCCAGUCUUUUUAAAGUAGCUUUUCUUAUUUAAUUCCUUAACAGUCUCAAGAGGCAAGUAUCAUUAUUGUCCACAUUUUAUGGGUGAUGAAAUUACGGCUUAGAGAGGUUGAGUAACUUGCCUACUUCCCAGACUGUAGGUGGUAGAGCAGGAUUUGAACUUAGGAAAAGAGCUCAUCUAGUCCCAUUUUAUUAUUUUUACAUGUGGGAAAGUAUGGCCCAGGGAUAUUAAAUGACAUCACACAGCCAUCCAGGUCUAGGUUUUUAAUUGAUCCUCAGCAUUUCUUGUCUCUCCAUCCCACUCAUUUUGUGACCAGGUGACAAAGAUGUAACUAAUUUUGGUCUACGCCUUGCAGAGUAGAGUAACAAGGUAGUUGGUUAACCCUAUUUUGGACUCCUAGGAAGUAGAGUGGUAGGUGUAAGCCUGUGUAAACAUAAUAAAGAUGGCCCAGUGAGCAGACAGGUGACCCGAGGAGAGAUUGCCGGUCCUCCGGCACAUGGGGCAUCAUUUCAGGAAUCAGGGGUGUCUUCUGUAUCAUGCUGCCCAUCCUGGGAGAGAACACGCAGAAGUGUGGCAGCUCUGGUGUUCUAGAGAGAAUGUGAUACAUCUCUCACCGUUCCAGUGUUCUGUUGCUGCUUCACAAACAACCCCAAAUUUAGCAGCUUAUAACACUUUAUUAUGACGUCUUCUAGUUCUGCAGAUUGGCUGGGCUCAGCUGGGUGGGUCUUGCCUGGGGUUUCUCUUGUGGAUGCAGUCAGAUGACAGUGGGGUUGGAGUCUCCUGGGGGCUUGAACAUCCAGGAGGGCUCACUCAUGUGACUGGCAGUUGGUACUCUUGUCCUUUUCUAGCUACUUUAUUAUAUGGUUAUACCAUCUUUUUUUAACAAGUUCCUAUUGAUGGGCAUAUAGGUAGUUUCCAGCUUUUUGCUAUCACAGACCAAAUUUCAAGGCACAUGUGAAGUACACUCUGUGGAUAAAUUUCAUGUUUAGGAAUUUAUCCUCCAAAUAUUUUUCUGAGGAAUUUCUCCUUUUUUUUUAAAAAAAAAUUGAUGUGUAGUAGAUUUACAAUAUUGUGUUAGCUUCAGGUGUACAGCAGAGUGAUUCAGUUAUACAUAUGUCUGUAUACAUAUAUGUAUAUGUGUGUAUAUAUAUUUUCAGAUUCUUUUCCAUUAUAGGUUACUACAAGAUAUUGAAUAUAAUUCCCUGUGCUAUACAGUAAAUCUUUGUUGUUUAUUUUAUAUAUAGUGGUAUCUGUUAAUCCCAUACUCCUAAUUUAUCCCGCCCCCCAUUCUUUCCCCUUUGGUAGCCAUGUUUGUUCUCUUUGUCUUUGAGUCUGUUUCUGUUUUGUAAAUAAGUUCAUUUGUAUUAUUUUUUAGAUUCCACAUAUAAGUGAUAUAUAGUAUUUGUCUUUCCCUGUCUGACUUACUUCAGUUAGUAUGAUCAUUUCUGAGUCCAUCCAUGUUGCUGCAAAUGGCAUGAUUUCAUUCUUUUUUAUGGCUGAAUAAUAAGGACUCUCACCUUUCUAACGAAGGAAGUUUUCCUUCCUCUGAAAAGUGAACAAGUCUGGCAGAAGCUGGCUUCGUCAGCCAUGAUCUUUUUGCUGUUGAAUUAACCCUCCAUCUUCUUUUGAAAAGGCCCUCUUCAGACGUUCUGGAUAUAAUUCAUAAACGUCUGGAGUCUGGAUUGGUCAGAAAUACAUUUAUAGUUGGCGAACAACCCUUCAUGGGCUGGAGGGUGCACCUUAUGGCAAUUCUCUACAUGAGCAUUUUGUGUUGACUCAGUUUUCCAUGUUGUGAAGAGUGGAGAAAUGGCAACACUGCGUUUGCUGAGGCAAUGGGAGGUCUUUUAUUUUUGCUCUGAGAAAACCAGAGGGAAGUUCCCCAGAGAAUGGGGUGCCCUCCCUCUCCAGUCCCCUCGCCUCAUUCCCUCUUUCUCCCCUGUGUUAAAAAGCUUUCUGUAUCUCUCUCAGUCAGAUGAUCCACUGACCCUGAACUCCCUUAAAUGGUCACUGAUCUCCAUCCUCUCUGCCCUCAAAAUUUUUAUUCUUUUCAAACCAAAUAAUGCCAGUGAUUUGAGAUUUCCAUCCUGGACUGUAAUAGGAGGUAUUCAUGUUACAUGCUGAGCAUUUUAAAAAUAGGAGUUUACCAAAAGGAUUAAAGUAAACAAGGGUUCAGGUUGGAACCAUAGUUGGCGAGUCCUCGGGCACAUGGUGCAAGACUUUCAGAAGACAGUUCUAGCUUUCUUCACGUUUUUCAUCAGAAUUACCAGGUUCAUGUGCCUCUGUUCUAUUUCAUUAGCCGCACUACCUCUCAAAUGACCUUUAUCCUGUGUAGACUUGGCCUUCAGAAGCUCACGGCAUUUUGUUUGCCAAGACCUGGGCCAUAUUUAGUCUCUUCACAUCCCUUCAAGGGAGGCAGUGACUAGAAUGGGCACUGCGGAUUAGCAGGAGACCAUGACCUGUCCUGUGAUAGGAGAGCCUUGGGCACAGCUGGGUCUCCCGCAGGCCCUGCCAGGCCCCACCCCUUUGGGGGGCAGAGGUGGGGUAUGAGGCAGGAGGGUCAUCAGACUCAAGCCCUGCGGUUGUCCUCCUGUAUCUUCCAAUGUGCCCACCCUCCCCCCGCCCUCUGACAGUCGUUGGGGGCCCUGCCCUUCUCUCCUCCCUCAGCUCUGUGCGUCAGCGACUCCCCAGGGCUCAGGCUGGCCAGGCUGGACUACACACAGUCCCCCUUUUCCCAGUGCCCUCUCUGGGAUAUUCCUUGCCCUUCCCCCAUCUUCUUCAUCGUGGCCUGGCUGAGAUGUUCACCUCUCUGGGUACACUUUCCCGUGCGCCCACUGUCUGGGCUAGGCUCCCCUCCCAGCCACCCCUUGCAGCUGGGGCUUCCCAGAUGGCAGUGGCCUGUUGCCCGGUCUGCUCUCCGACUAGACUGGCAGCUUCCUGGGGACAAGCCAUCCUGGUGCUCUGAGCACAGGCCCCAUCUCGGAUCAGGCACACGUCAGUGUCGGCCGAGGCUAAGAUGGAGCAGUGAGAAUGAACUGGUGGAGGGGGCUGACUGGAAAGCCCUGUGCUGGGGCCUUCUCCUCCUGCCACCUGUGAGCCAUUGCCCACCAACACUUUCUGACUGUGCAGGGCCCUCAUGUGCGCUUGGGGCAUGGGUGGGGGGUGGGCAGGAGCCUGCGCGAAUGCUUGCUGGCUUCCACAAGGCGUUUAGUUGAGGAAACGUUCGUGCCUGAUGGAAGCCUCUGGAAUGAGUUGGAAUAAAGUCCUGAACCGUGUGAGGGCCAGCCCCUCACAUCUCAGGUGUGGUCCAUGGACUGCAUGGUGGCAUCUCCUGGGAGCUGUCUAGCAAUGCAGCAUCCAGACUCCACAAGACCUCCUGAAUCAGAAUCAGCACUUUUUUUUUAAAUUUUAUUUAUUUUCGAAUUUUAUUGUAUUUAUUUUUAUACAGCAGGUCGUUAUUAGUCAUCCAUUUUAUACACAUCAGUGUAUACAUGUCAAUCCCCAUCGCCCAAUUCAUCACACCACCACCCCCACCCCCGCCGCUUUCCCCUCUUGGUGUCCAUACGUUUGUUCUCUACAUCUGUGUCUCUAUUACUGCCCUGCAAACCGGUUCAUCUGUACCAUUUUUCUAGGUUCCACAUAUAUGCGUUAAUAUAUGAUAUUUGUUUUUCUCUUUCUGACUGACUUCACUCUGUAUGACAGUCUCUAGAUCCAUCCACGUCUCUACAAAUGACCCAAUUUCGUUCCUUUUUAUGGCUGAGUAAUAUUCCAUUGUAUAUAUGUACCACAUCUUCUUUAUCCAUUCGUCUGUCGAUGGGCAUUUAGGUUGCUUCCACGACCUGGCUAUUGUAAACAGUGCUGCAAUGAACAUUGGGGUGCAUGUGUCUUUUUGAAUUAUGGUUUUCUCUGGGUAUAUGCCCAGUAGUGGGAUUGCUGGGUGGUAUGGUAGUUCUAUUUUUAGUUUUUUAAGGAACCUCCAUACUUUUCUCCAUAGUGGUUGUAUCAAUUUACAUUCCCACCAACAGUGCAAGAGAGAACCUGCAUUUUAACAAGACCCCCAGAGGAUUCGUGUGUGCACUGAGGUUUGAGAGGCACUGGUCUUAGGGGUACACAGACCAGUUUGGGCAGGGGCUGCAGUGGCUGUAGAAGCUCAUCGGGGAGGGAACAGGUGAGCUGAGGCUUGGCGGAAGGCAGUACCCCAGUGGAUGAAAGGAGGGUGUUUCAGACAAGGAAGGUGUUAAGCCAGGAAAAGACCAACUCUUCUUGCUAAUAAUGUUUGUCUGAAAAUUAAGUUUUUUAGGUCCUUUUAUGAAUAGAAUUUUGGCAGAACGGUUGGAUCCAUCUUCUAAAGGAUCUGAUAACUAGGAAACCUUUAAUGAAUAUAUCAGAUCUCGUGUUUUUCUUCACACAGUUAUAGAUUCUGUUUCCUUCCUUUGAGGCAGCAAACACGGUUGAGAGAAUGAACCAGGCAGUCCAGAACCUGGGAUUUGGUUAUAGUUUUUCUGAUAACAAAGCUGUGGGAUCCUGACCAAGUCACUUCCCAAGAUGACCGUCUUAUUUGUUCAUGAUUCUGGGUCAGGAACUGGGGCACGGCUGGGCUAGGCAGUUUUCCUCUGGGCCGGGUUUGUUCACUCAGCUGGUGGCAGCCCUGGCUGGGCUGGAAGGUCCAGUGAGUCUUUAUUCAUACCUGGCACCUCAUUGCUCCUCUGCAUGGCUGCUUGGGCUUCCCCACAGUAUGGUGGGCUCAGGCUUCCUCAUGGCUGCUGGCUUCCAAGAGGGAGGAUGCAGAAAAGCUGCACCGUUUCUUAAGAUCUGGAACUGACGCAGGCCCUGCCCAGAUCCAGGGGGAGAGGAGACAGUCUCUUGGUGGAUGCUGGCCGGGAGGAAGGAAUUGACUGUGGCUGUCUUUGCGGGCUCUGUGAUGUUAUCAGACCUAGACUCCUCUUUCCUUUCUGCUCUUCCAUCCUCAGCACUGGCUUCCGCCUUGGGUCCGAGGUGGCUGUUGCUCUCCCGAGCAGGAAGGAGUAAAUCAGGGGAGAGGGCACCAUCUUUCCCCUUAGAGAGUGUAUCUCACCAGCCAGGUGGUCCCACCCGCAGGACUUGCUGUGAGGCUGGGAAACGUAGGCGCGUAGCUGGGGGCGGGGCGCCCAGCUGGUAAUCAGAGGUCUGUCCAGAGGAGCAAGGGGAGCAUGGGUGUGUGGGGGGGUGCAGAAGCCCGAGUCAGGUCCAGCCUAGACGCACCAGGCGGUGGGCGCGCCGCCCCACACGGGUCCUCACCCUUCUCUCUGUCCCAGUUCACCACAGGCACCUGCGGCGGCGACGCGGCGAUUCACACCUGCGACCUGUGCGGCAAGGCCUUUCGCCUGCAGCGCAUGCUCAACCGGCACCUCAAGUGCCACAGCCAGGUGAAGAGGCACCUGUGCAGUUUCUGCGGCAAGGGCUUCAACGACACCUUCGACCUCAAGAGGCACGUGCGCACACACACAGGCAUUCGCCCCUACAAAUGUGACGUCUGCCACAAAGCCUUCACCCAGCGUUGCUCCUUGGAAUCCCACCUGAAGAAGAUCCACGGGGUGCAGCAGCAGUAUGCCUACAAGCAGCGCCGGGACAAGCUGUAUGUCUGUGAAGACUGUGGCUACACGGGCCCCACCCAGGAGGACCUGUACCUGCAUGUGAAUGGUGCCCACCCGGGCAGCGCGUUCCUCAAAAAGACAUCCAAGAAACUGGCAGCCCUCUUGCAAAACAAGCUGACAUCCACGCUCCAGGGCAAUGCCAACCUGAGCGAGGAGGAGGAGAAGUAGGAGAGGGCGUGGAUGCCAACGCUGCCACGUGUCCACAGAUUCCCGGUCUUGAGGGCCCCCUGACCCACGGGCUCUUUCUAAGUCCAAGUGUUCCGUCCAUCUCUCUGUCCUCUGGGGGCCUUGAUGGGGGGCUCCGUUCCAAGGCUGUCAGUGAUAACAGUGGCUUCAGGCCCCCCGUAACCCGUAUCCUCAGGAACACUGUCACAUGAAUGAAAGCUUCUGGAUGGCUAUGAUCACCGUCUGGGGUUUGGGUUUUUCUUUGUUUUUUUUUUUUUAGGAUUUUCACACAUGGAGGCAGGGGUGUUCUUAAGAGAGACACCCCUUGGAGAGAUUGAUAUGGUGCCUUGAAAUAAAAGUACUUCCACUUGAAA